ACUUAGUUUCUAAUGAAGAGGAGUUUUAGACUCUCUCGAAAGCUAGAUCGAUACAUAUCAAGUGUUUUAAAAAUUCGUGUAGAGAACGAACACGGAAGUUUUAGAAGAACUGCCUUCGCUGUCAACAGUUCUGAAGUCGGUAGUUUGCAUGAGGUGAUUAAAAUUGCAUUGUAAACAGCCUUCUGCCACGUCACCAGAGUGAAUACAAUAUUAUCAAUUCACAUGGUUUUUGAAAGCAGAAUCGAAAAUGCCACAGCGAGAUACUCGUUUCUUAUUAAGCAAUUAGUUCAAUUUUAUUAGAAGUGGCUCUGUAAUUUUAUCUGACGUCGAUGUUAGCUUUUGUACUAAGAAAUUUGUUAUCAAGCGGAGGAAUCGGGGCAAAAACUGUUUUCUUUUUUUCGUUUUGUCUGUUCUGCGGCCCUGUGUUAUAUAGUUGUUCCUUUGAAGUUCAAAGUCUGUGUCGAAAAUCUCAUAAAACGAUCGAUGUUUUACUACAGUCAAGAUAACAUUUUUAAAACAGAAAGAUCAAGAACUAACGAGGUUAAGAUUCAGAGCCUCAUAAUUUUUGAACGCUUUAACGCUGAGACCGCGGAGAGUUGGUUCCUUACCCAAUAUGUAUGCCGAUUCAGGAAAGGCACAAUUUGUUAUUGGGUUAGGUGAUAACUUUUAUGGCAAUGGCGUCAAGACCGUGGACGAUCCAAGAUUUACUACCACCUUUGAGCACGUGUACACGAACCCCACCCUUGUUUCAGCCACGUGGUACAUGAUCGCUGGAAACCAUGACCACGACUCGAACGUGUCUGCACAGAUAGCUUACACCAAGGUUUCCCGUCGCUGGCAUUAUCCAGAUUUCUUUUACAGUCAAGUGUUACAGAUUCCUGACACACUUAAGACUGUUCAACUUGUCAUGAUAGAUACAACUCUACUCUGCUGCAGAAAUCGAUGGAUGGAUAAAAUGAAGUUACCGAGUCAGAAACAACAGCUGAAGUGGCUAAAUAACAUACUCAGAAGUUCAACAGCGGAUUAUCUCAUAGUAGCUGGUCACCAUCCAGUUUUAUCAGCUGGCAUCCAUGGCAACACUAAGUAUCUUGUAUCUAAGCUCAAAUCAAUUCUGGAGGAGAAUGACGUCACGGUUUAUCUCAGCGGACACGAUCACAAUCUACAACACCUCAAAGAGCCAGACACGACGGUGCACUACUUCGUCUCAGGAAAUGGUAAUUUUUACAGUGGCAGGAAAGGAUACGACAAAGCCGUGCAGAAAUCACUCCUGUUUUUCAGUGGCGUUUCUGGAGGAUUUACGUUGCUCCACGCCACUCCUGAUUCACUUCAAAUCUCACAAAUUGACAGCAAUGGGAAGAAACUGAACACCACGAAGUUAAAAUCAAGGACCAAAACCGUGAAAGGGGUUAGAAAUUUCGACUUCUAUCCCAAAUGUGCUCCGUAUUUAGCCAUUUUGCUGGUUGUUGUUGGUACUCUUGGAGCAAGAAGUCUUAUACAUGCAAUUAGGCCGUUGAAAACUGGAAGCCGAAGGUGCUGGAACAGGACUGACAGCUUGAGAGGAAAAUGUUUAAGGCUCUGCAAUAAUAAGAGACCAUAUUUGAAGGAAAUAGUUAUUUAGUUCUUUUUAUUAGUAUGCAAAAAAA